CAGGGCGUAGUUCCCGUUAAAGGGGAACGCCGGGAGCCUCCCUCUGGCCCCUCGCUUCGCGCGCGCAGCCCCACAGCGCAGCUGUCUUUGCGGACGCCAGCAGCCGAGCGAACGCACCGAGUUUGUGCCAGAGGCCAUUCUGAGGAUCUCUGGGGAUCGGGGACAGCUAUCCCUUUGGGACGCAGAAACUCCGCUGAGCACAGCUUGCCGCCAGAAUGCUCCUCCUCCUGCUCGGUAUCAUCGUCCUCCACGUGGCGGUGCUGGUGCUGCUGUUCGUCUCCACGAUCGUCAGCCAAUGGAUGGUGGGCAACGGACACUCGACCGACCUCUGGCAAAACUGUACCACUUCCUCCUUAGGCAACGUCCAGCACUGUUUCAUGUCAUCGGCCAACGAAUGGCUGCAGUCUGUCCAGGCCACCAUGAUCCUGUCCGUCAUCUUCAGCGUUCUGUCUCUGUUCCUGUUCUUCUGCCAGCUCUUCACCCUCACCAAGGGGGGCCGCUUUUACAUCACUGGGGUCUUCCAGAUCCUUGCUGGGGAUGCUGACUGUCACCGUGGGCAUGGACCGUCACGCUUGAACUUGCCUGCUUCGUGGGGCCCAAGGUGGAGGUUUUUCUUGUCCCUCCCACACCCGAGGCUGCAUAGUGGACAAGGGUGGGGUGGCCUGAUCUGCCUGCAUAUCUUUUGAUACCCUUUUCCCCGUUUGGGCUUCAGACCCAACCUGGGUCCCCGAGGAUGGCUGAAAGAGACCAGGUGCUGGGCCGCUUGCUGGUGACCGUCCCCUCCCUCUGCCGCCUGCUCCCCACGAGUGUCCUGUCUUUCUGCCUUGUGUCUCCUGCCCCCUCUCCCCUCCAGGGAUUCCUCUGUCUGCCUAGUCCUGCCAGUAGUUGUUGCUUCUCUGUCUCUGAUGUUGUGAUCCUGCUCCAGGGGUCAGCACGGCAGGGUUCUGCCCCUGUGCUCGUGGGGGGCCCAGUGCUUCUGAGAUGCCUCUGCCCAGAUGUGGGUGAAGGGUCAGCUCACCUGCCCUGGCUGCAGAUAAGGUGGAGGGGCUCGUGGGUUUCCAGGGGCUGCCACACCCAGGCAUCCUUGGAAAGAGACGGGUGAGUUUCUCUUGCCACCCGAUUUCUCGCCGGCCCACUCAUGUCUAUGGGGAAUGGGUGACCGUUUGAGGCACAGAGGCAGAGAAGAGGAUGAGGGACCUGGGCCGUGCCAAUUAGAAGCAGAGAGCAGAUCGUUCCCUGUUCCUGUACCUUUGAGCCCCUCUGAUCAGUUCAGGGUCGGGAGGAAGAUUCUUGCCAGGGUUGGAGGUGCCCUUCCUCCCUGCCGCCCGCGUCCUGCUCCCUAAGAGAGAGAGACGGGUGUCCGGAGUGUGUGCGCGCGCGCGUGUGUGCCUGUGAGCGCGCGCCUGUGUGUGCGCGGGCGCGCGAGGUGGGGGCGAGUCUGGGAG